GGCGCUGCAAGAUUAAAUUUCAAUUUUAAAUAAAAAAUAACGAGGAGAAAACGUAGUACUCGACGAAUUUUUUAAUUGUACGUCCUGACGCAAACAAAACUGAAUUCCAACAUUCGGAGAAUAAAAGCGAUCGUUGGUUUGGAAAAUUAAUCAGUGACAGCGUAGCUCUUGUAACGACUGCGAUAUGGCAAAUUUUGGCUUGUCUGGAAUAACUGUCUACGAUGAUGACAAGACUAAUUUCGAUAUUAUGAAAAGUAUUAUUGAAGUGGAUGAGCAAGAAGAGGCAUUUUAUUUGCUCGACGUGGAAGAUGUUGUGAGAAAGCACAGGGGAUGGCUCGAAAAAAUGCCCAGAGUUUUUCCGCAUUUUGCUCUUAAGUGCAACCCAGAUCCUACAGUGGUCCGAACAAUAGCCGCACUCAAUGGAAGAUACGAUUGCGCAUCGAAGCAAGAAAUUCAAUUAGUAAUGGAAUGCGGUGUAUCACCUGAUCGCAUAAUAUUCGCAAAUCCUAUCAAAGGAAUCUCACACGUCAGAUAUGCCAAAAAAGUUGGAGUCGAUAGGAUGACUGUUGACACGACAAAUGAGGUUUUGAAGCUGAAGAAAUUAUAUCCGGAAGCUAAACUUGUGAUUCGUAUUGGAAUCGAUGGCUUCGAGUGUGGGAUGACCUUUAGUAGAAAAUUUGGUUGUGAGCCGACAAUGGAGACCGUAAAACUCAUGAGUUACAUAAAAGAAGUUGGAAUGUGUCUUCAUGGAUUCAGUUUUCAUCUGGGUAGUCCAUGCUGGGAUGCCGAUGCUUACGGCCGAGCUAUCGAGACCUGCAAUCAGUUAAUUAAAGUUGCUGAAUCCAUGGGCUUUCCUGAUUGCAAACUCAUCGACAUCGGCGGUGGAAUCUCUGGAAUUGAUGGAACAUCUAUCGAGCAGGUUGCCGCAUCUGUCAAUGCAGCCCUGGAAAAUGUCGAUCCAUCCAUCGAGAUCAUCAGUGAACCCGGAAGAUACUACGUAGAGACAGCCUUCACUCUGGCAGCUUGUGUACAAGGAAAAAAAGUUGUCGAAGAAGACGGCGUCGUCAAACAAUUUUAUUACGUUAACGAUGGAACUUAUGGUGCAUUCAUCAACGAACUUUUGGGCCUCAGACAGCAAUUGCCCUCAUCGUUGUACGAGCUGCCCAGUGACAAAAAAUAUCCCUCCGUUAUCUGGGGACACACCUGCGAUCCUUAUGACUGUAUCAUAAAAGGAUCCGAAAUUCCGAAUUUCGAGAUAGGUGAUUGGAUGGUUUGGGAUGAUAUGGGUGCAUACAGUCUCUCGAAUGCAACAGUAUUCAAUGGCUAUCCAUCUGCCGUUGUCUUUCCAGUAAUCAGGAGGAGUGCUUUCAAUGACCUGAUUAGGGAGGUGCAAGCAAUUCAGAAGUCUCGACAAAAUGGUAAUGACCAUGACAACCACAAUGGAUAUUCUCGGUGACAGGGACACGCAGAGAUAUUCUGUUAGUAAUUUUAGAAACACUGUACGCGCUUUUGGUGUCUAGAUGAUGUCAUUUCAGCGAGAUAAAUAUAAUAAACGAAUUUUUGAAAAUA